UAUCAGCAAUGCCAACAUAUGAUUUCUGUGUAUCAUACAUUUCACUUACGUUAAGUUCAUUAACACUAAAUGUUGCAAAACCAUUUGAUCCUUGUUCAGAAACUGCGUGUUAGUGUGAUGUCCACAAAAACUACAAAGUUCUUCAGUACACUAGUACUUGACACGAUUGCGACAAGAGAACGAGAAGGAAUUGUGAGACCAGACAUGUUACAGAUGCUUAUGCAAGCCAAGAAAGGCACUCUACAUGACGAUACCAGUAACUCUCCUGGAAGUAAGAAAAUAAACAUUGAAGACGACGACAUCGUAGCUCAAGCAUUCCUGUUCUUCUUAGCUGGCUUUGACACAGCCUCCACCCUUCUGUGCUUUGCCUCUCAUCAGUUGGCCGUUCAUGCACACAUGCAGGUUCGACUUCAGGAAGAAAUUGAUGAAACUCUACAGAAGAAUGAUGGAAAAUUCACAUAUGAGGCAGUAAACAGCAUGAAAUACCUGGACAUGGUUGUGUCUGAAACUCUGAGGCUCUAUCCACCGGGUGCAGCUCUGGACAGAGUCUGUAUUAAACCCUACACGUUGAAAUCAGAUCCUCCUAUGGAAAUGCAUCCAGGACAAGCCCUCUUCAUCCCAGUAAUCGGAUUACACCGCGAUUCCAAAUACUACCCUGAUCCUGAGCGGUUUGACCCAGAGCGAUUCAGUGAGGACAACAAGCACGGUAUCAAUCCGCUAACUUACCUGCCAUUUGGACUGGGCCCAAGAAGCUGUAUUGGGAACCGCUUUGCUCUUAUGGAAACAAAACUGGCGCUAGUGUUCUUGCUGUCUCGGUUCAACUUGGUACUGGUUGCCAAGACACCUGUACCUAUCAAAAUAGUACAGAAAGGAUUCAACAUGUCCAUUGAAGGAGGCUUUUGGCUGGGUCUGGAGAAGAGAAACCCAUGAACUGCAUCCUACUGGAAUUUUCAGUUUUGCUGGUAUUCAGUUGCUACAUGAGAGCAACUCAGCUUGGACCGACAGUGCACUGAAGUCAAUAUUUUGAAGUGAUAUUUUUAUAAAUCUAAUAUGUAUUUUUCAUUAAUUUGUAUUGAAGUAAAGGUGAAUAAAGGGCGUGGAGAGAUUAA